CAACCCUCUAGCCCCGCCCUCUUACCCCGCUUCUCUCUCUGAGCGGUUGCAAGACUGCGGAGGGUAAUUUCCCAUUGGCCGCCAGUAAAACGGCUGAUUUCCGGUUUGGCCGCAGGGCCGCAGGGCGCCGAGGCCGCCAUGGUGCGGUUCAAGCAUAGGUACCUGCUCUGCGAAGUGGUGUCUGAUGACCCCCGCUGCCGCCUGAGUCUUGAGGACCGAGUGCUGGGAGGCCUCAUACGGGACACGAUCGCCCGCGUGCACGGGACUUUCGGCGCAGCCUCCUGCUCCAUCGGCUUCGCGGUGCGAUACCUCAAUGCCUAUACCGGAAUAGUGCUACUUCGAUGCCGGAAGGAAUUCUACCAACUUGUGUGCUCAGCUCUUCCUUUCAUCACAUACUUGGAGAACAAAGGACACCGUUACCCGUGUUUCCUCAACACCUUACACGUGGGAGGUACAAUUAGAACAUGUCAGAAGUUCCUGAUAAACUACAACAGGAGACAGCUGUUGAUGCUGUUGCAGAACUGCACUGAGGAAGAACGGGAAGCCAUCCAGAAGUCUGUCACCAGAAGCUGUUUGCUAGAGGAGAGGUCAGAUGAGGAGGAGCUUUCAGACAGUGGCGGCGAGGGGGCUGCCGAAGCAAUGGAGUGAACCCCUCUGCAGGUUGUGCUGGGCCUGAGAUUCAGGGCCCUCUUGUUGAAACAGGACAUUCUGGGAGGCAGCAGCGUCCGGUAGUUUGCCACACUGGAUGACUACCGACCACAGGCCAAGGUUAUCAGCUCCAAAUGGAGGACCUGUUCACCUUUACCAGUGCUGCCUGGUUACGUGGUUCUGCAGGUGGUGAACCCCCAGUAGUUACGUCUCUGUAUCUAAUUGCCUGGCUGAGAGUAGGUUUAAUAAAUGUAUUUGGCGGGGUUCCUGGGGGACUCAGUUAAGCAUUCGACUCUUGGUUUUGUCAUGAUCUCACAAUCAUGGGAUUGAGCCCCGAGUCGGGCUCUGUGCUCAGCAUUCAGGCUCCUUCGGAUUCUUUCUCCCUCUCCCCAUCUCGGGCUCUAUCUCUCUCUCUCAAAGUCUUUUUAUUACGAUGUUACUCACCACACGGUACAUCAUUAGCUUCACUCAAAAUCUUAAAAAAAAUAAAUGUACUCGGGUUCUGUAGCAUUUAGUAUAUUUGAGAAGCUCAAGCUUGGCCAGGUCUCCUUCCCCCUCUAUCCCUGGCCUCAGUGGGAAGACUGGCUCCCAAUGAAUGAUGCUAGAUGUACAGCCUCCCACUUGAGGCCUUGUGCCCCGACCCCUAGGUUGAACCCUAAGCAAUCCAGGUUGAGUAGAAGUAUUAGUGAGACAUGGCAACUGAACUGACACGAAUCUAUAGCUGGUCUCCAUAUUGACCCACGGGUCCUUAAAAAUACCAGAUUGCUUACCAAUCCUUAGGUAACAGGAUAACAAACACAGUUAUUGCAUUUUUCUUUUGGGCGGGGGGGGGACAGACAUACACAAAACCUGGCCUUGCCUGACAUUGCAAACCCAAGCAACAGCUGCCAACUUCCUGUAGUUUUCUUUAGUUUGGCCCUUCUCUGUCGUCUCCCCCCUGCUGGGCCACCGAAGAGGAGUGACACUGCCACACUCAGAGAGGUUACGAGGGUUUGGAUCCACUACUUAAUAAUGACAUUUCUAGGAUGUGUUUUCUUGUAUAACGAAACAUGUUAUUCAAAGUCCCUUAUACAUUUAACAAAGAUCAGUAAUGUUUGCUUCAACAUGUCCCCUCAUUUUCAGGGCUGAAACACCCUCAUGCACCCAGGACAGUUCCUGUCCCAGGAUUUCUGAACUCUUAAGAAUGACAGGUAAAGCUAAGCCCAAUUCAAGAACCCCUCAGGCCUGACACUAGGAAGGACACUGCCCCAUGACGGCAGAGUGCCCAAGCUCGAGGUAGCUGUUACUUUAACCUAUGUAAGAAGUGUGUCUAACCUGUGAUGAACUUUAAAAAACCAGAAGGCUCACAUUGCUUGUGCAGGUGAUUUAUUGCAACUAUUUGCCUUCACAUUCUAUUAUACCUAAAGGUCACUUUAUUAAGCAGCAAAAUAAUUCACAUCACUCAAAUCCCGCUCAAAGCAAGGCAGAGACUGCUCUAGACAACAGGGAGGCCGUGGGUACCACCACUGCUUUCAAAGCUGCCCGGCUCUGCCUCCAGGUGCGCCAGACUCCUCUGCUCCUACAACUCAGGCCGCUCACUCGGAACAAGCUUCAUCUAACGGCUGCAGGUUCCAGGGCUGCUUUAGUGACAAUUACAGCUUUCCUUGCCAAAUGAGCCACAUGCAAGAUGUAAAACCCUCUAGCACAUAGGUAAGCAACGCAGCCUGGCCAUUUCUCAGAAGAAAAACUGAGAUUCAAAAUUCCUAAAUCCAUUUUAUUCCCAUCCUCUGUUUUUUUUUAACAAGAGGAAAACUAAACAGGAAAGACUCAACUAUUUUUAAAAGACACACUGAGCGGUGUGUUGAAACCAUGAUGCCCUGAAAUGUUGUCAGCAGGGCAGUGCUAGAACACUCUGGGCUGCUCCAAGGGAUAGUGAAGGGACUCAAACUUAUUUGGGUUGAGAAAAACUAAUUAUACAUGGGUCAAAAAGACUAACCCUGAUGAUAAACUAAAAAUCGUGGCAGGAAGAGAUCUCGUGUCAAUACUUUAUUUUGGUGUAAAGACAGGAAGCUGGAAAAUACACUGUAUUUAAAAUUUUCUUGGUUCCCCCUCACGCUGUGGAAACCCCCUCCCCCCAGAGCUAAUCUGUUCAAACUCAAAUACUUAAAAAUUACAGCAGCAAAACAAAAGCACAGAAAAAA